AUGGCCUCUUUGGCUUUCUCUACCAGAGUUUCUGCUGUAGCCAGAUCGUCGGCCCGAGUCAGAGCUGUAGGAGUCAGACUGUAUUCGAGCAAGUCUGUACCUCUCACGGCCGAGACCUAUGCUCUGAGAGUGCAACGUAAUGAAAGCUUCAAGAAGUUGGAAGAAGAUGACGUUGCUUUCUUCCGUGGCGUCUUGCAAGACGACCAUGGCGUUAUCACCGAUGCUGACGAUUUGCUCUUCUACAACGAAGACUGGAUGAGAAAAUACAGGGGCCAGUCUUCCUUGGUAUUGAAGCCCAAGACCACGGAGCAGAUUUCGAAGAUUUUGGCCUACUGUAAUGAAAAGAAACUCGCUGUAGUGCCCCAGGGUGGUAACACCGGUUUGGUUGGAGGCUCUAAUCCUGUUUUUGAUGAGAUCGUCAUCUCGUUAUCGUCGUUGAACAAGAUCAGAUCGUUUGACCCAGUGAGUGGGAUCUUGAAAUGCGACUCUGGUGUCAUUUUGGAAACAGCAGACCAGUUUUUGGCUGAAAACGGUUACAUCUUCCCACUUGACUUGGGUGCCAAAGGCUCCUGCCAUGUAGGUGGUACCGUUGCUACCAAUGCCGGUGGUUUGAGAUUGUUGAGAUACGGUUCCUUGCACGGUUCUGUGCUAGGCUUGGAAGCAGUUCUUCCUGAUGGAACUAUCUACAACUCUUUGGACUCUUUGAGAAAAGACAACACUGGUUAUGACUUGAAGCAGUUGUUCAUAGGCUCAGAAGGUACGAUCGGGAUCAUCACCGGAGUGUCUAUUUUGUGUCCUUCCAGACCUGUCGCUUUCAACGUAGCCUUUUUAGCCGUGUCUUCAUACGAAGCCGUGCAAAAGGUGUUUGUAGGAGCACGUAGAGAGUUGUCAGAGAUCUUGUCGGCCUUUGAGUUCAUGGACGGAAAGUCUCAAGUCUUGACUGCCCGUCACUUGAAGUUGGAUCACCCCAUCGAAAGUGGAGAGUAUCCUUUUUAUAUCUUGAUUGAAACCUCUGGCUCAAACAAGGAACACGACGACGAAAAGUUGGAGACCUUCUUGGGAAAUGCCAUGGAAGAAGGCUUGGUUGACGACGGUAUCAUUGCCCAAGACGAUACCCAAGUCAAGUCGUUGUGGUCUUGGAGAGAGUCUAUUCCUGAAGCUUCCACUAUCGGUGGAGGUGUUUACAAGUACGAUGUCUCUUUACCUUUGGCAGACUUGUAUGGCUUGGUGGAAGAGGCUAAUGUGAAAUUAGCUAAAGCUGGUAUUGUUGGCCUUGACGACGAGUCCAAGCCAGUUGUUGAUGCCAUUGGUUACGGUCACGUUGGGGAUGGCAAUUUGCACUUGAACGUUUGUGUCAGAGAAUACUCCAAGGAAAUUGAAGCAGUCUUGGAGCCUUUUGUCUACGAAUGGAUCCAAAGCAAGAAGGGAUCAAUUUCCGCUGAACAUGGCUUGGGUUUCCAAAAGAAGAACUACAUCGGCUACUCCAAGAGUGAUAUCGAAAUCAAGAUGAUUAAGGAAAUCAAGAACCACUACGAUCCAAAUGGUAUCAUGAACCCUUAUAAGUAUGUGUAGAGCAUAUAGACAUUAUCAUAGUAAAUAAUCAUAGAACGCAUA